AUGAUCGAGCAAGAACGAGAAUUCGAUCGAAAAAAAAGGAGAGAUUUUUUCCGCUUUCUACCUCUUGAUCUUUCUCUCCCUCCCAAGGAACUUCCCGUGGAGCGGCGGCGGGAUGCGGUGGCGAGCAUCGUCUACGAGGCCAACGCGAGAAUCCGCGACCCUGUCUACGGCUGCCUGGGAGCGAUCUUCACCUUGCAGCAGCAGAUCGCCCAGCUCCGGAAGCAACUCUCGGCGGCCCAGUCGGAGAUGGUCUUGCUCAAAUUCCAGCACCAACAUCGAGAACCUUUCCAACUUCAGCCUUCCACCACCGCCUCUUCUCUCCAAGAACAGCACCACCUCUACAAGGCAGUAGCGUUGCAAACACCCGAUGAUCACCACCACUAUAGCAGGGACUUGAUCGAAAGUAGCAGCGUCUGGACAUCCUGACCUCUACGAGAACU